AUGUCUCGGCGCAAGCAGGCCAAGCCCCAGCACCUCAAGUCGGACGAGGAGCUGCCGCCGCCGGACGGGGCUCCCGAGCACGCUGUCCCCGGGGAGGGCGCCGACGAUGGUGACAGCGGGAACGAGAGCCGGAGUGGCAGCGAGGAGACCAACGUGUGUGAAAAGUGCUGUGCCGAGUUCUUCAAGUGGACGGACUUCCUGGAGCACAAGAAAGCCUGCACCAAGAACCCGCUGGUGCUGAUUGUGAACGAGGAUGAGCCCGCCCCGCCCUCCGAGGAGUUUCCGGAGCCUUCUCCCGCCAGCUCUCCCAGCGAGCAGACGGAGAGCGAGGCUGCUGAGGAGGCAGCACCCCUGGAGGGCGGGGAGGGUGGGGAGGGGAGGGCCCCCGAGAAGGAGGACGAGCCCAUGGAGGUGGGACCCUCCCCCGACAAAAGCUUUCAGAGCCCAGGCCCCGCCCACACAGGGAAGCCACCUCUACCUCAGAUCCCCGAACCGGCACCUGUGGCCGCUUACAGCAUGCCAAACACCAACGUGACGCUGGAGACCCUGCUCAGCACCAAGGUGGCGGUGGCGCAGUUCUCCCAGAACACGAGGGCUGCAGGCACGGUGGGAUCCAGCGGCGGGGUGACGGCCGUGGCCAUCCCCAUGAUCCUGGAGCAGCUGAUGGCCUUGCAGCAACAACAGAUCCACCAGCUGCAGCUCAUUGAGCAGAUCCGCAGCCAGGUGGCCAUGAUGAACCGCCAGCCCCUGAGGCCGCCGCUGAACCCCGGAGCGGCUGCGGGGUCUCAGACCGCCCCAGUGCCGGCCUCUGGCCAGCUCCCGGGGCUGGCCACGCCCUCGGCCCUGCAGCUUUCCGCCGGGGCCGCCCCGGUUCCCACGGCUUCAGGCCCCGCUGCUCAGUCAGCGUCCUACGAGGGCCCCCAGCACCUGUCACAGCCGGCAUCUGGAGCCAGCACCCCGCACGUCCCCGGUGGGGGUUCCUCGGUCCCCGAGCUUGGCGCUCCGGCAUCCUCUGGUGCCGCCCCAGCCUCCACGGCCCCAGCCUCUGUCGCCAGCGCCUCCAGCAGUGCCCCCCAGCCACAGAACGCUUCCACACCUCCUGCCCUGGGGCCAGGCCCACUCCUCAGCUCGGCGCCCAGCCUGCCAAGCCCACUUCUACCUCAGACCUCUGCCAGCAGCGUCAUCUUCCCCAACCCGCUGGUCAGCAUCGCGGCCACGGCCAAUGCGCUGGACCCCCUGUCUGCCCUCAUGAAGCACCGCAAGGGCAAGCCCCCGAACGUGUCGGUGUUUGAGCCUAAGGCCAGUGCCGAGGACCCCUUUUUCAAGCACAAGUGCAGGUUCUGUGCCAAGGUGUUCGGGAGCGACAGCGCCCUCCAGAUACACCUGCGCUCACACACAGGUGAGCGGCCCUUCAAGUGCAACAUCUGUGGGAACCGCUUCUCUACAAAGGGCAACCUUAAGGUCCACUUCCAGAGGCACAAGGAGAAGUACCCCCACAUCCAGAUGAACCCCUACCCCGUCCCAGAGUACCUGGACAACGUGCCCACCUGCUCCGGGAUCCCCUACGGGAUGUCGCUGCCUCCAGAGAAGCCGGUCACCACCUGGCUAGAUAGCAAGCCUGUGCUGCCAACCGUGCCCACCUCUGUUGGGCUGCAGCUCCCGCCCACCCUGCCCAGUGUCAGCAGCUACGCUGACUCCCCUGGCCUCACCCCUGCGAACCGUUCCCCACAGCGGCCCUCUCCAGCAUCCAGCGAGUGCCCCUCCCUAUCUCCAGGCCUGAACAGCUCUGAGUCAGGCAUCCCAGGAGCCGCUGAGUCUCCACAGCCUGGGCUCAGUGGGACCUCUCUGACCAAAAGUGAGCCGUCAAGCCUGCCUUGCACUAACGCCAGGGCAGGGGACGUCCCCACCUCUGGCCAGGUCUCUGCUGCGGGGACCCCUGCACUCACAGACAGCAGUGUAGCCACAGGCCUCUGCAGCCCGGUCCUCCCAGCUGGCCCUGAGCCCUUCAAGGCCAAGUUUCCCUUUGGAGGGCUGCUGGAUUCCAUGCAGACUUCGGAGACCUCCAAACUACAGCAGCUGGUGGAGAACAUCGACAAGAAGAUGACAGACCCCAACCAGUGUGUCAUCUGCCACCGUGUGCUGAGCUGCCAGAGCGCCCUGAAGAUGCACUACAGAACGCACACGGGGGAGCGGCCUUUCAAGUGCAAGAUCUGCGGGCGCGCCUUCACCACCAAAGGCAACCUGAAGACGCAUUUCGGCGUACACCGCGCCAAGCCACCCCUUCGGGUGCAGCACUCCUGCCCCAUCUGCCAGAAGAAGUUCACUAAUGCUGUGGUCCUGCAGCAGCACAUCCGCAUGCACAUGGGUGGGCAAAUCCCCAACACGCCGCUGCCCGAAGGCUUUCAGGAUGCCAUGGACGCAGAACUGCCUUAUGACGAGAAAGCCGUGGAAGCCCUGAGCGGCUAUGACGACGACAUGGAUGACAACUCCCUGGAGGAGGAUACAGCCGGCGACCCUUCCAAGCCGCUCCUGUCCCUCUCCAGCUCCUGCCCACCCUCCCCGCCUUCCGUCAUCUCCAGCAUCGCCGCCCUGGAGAACCAGAUGAAGAUGAUCGACUCUGUCAUGAGCUGUCCUCAGCUGACCGCCUUGAAGUCCAUGGAGAACGGGUCUGGGGAGAGUGACCGCCUGAGCAAUGACUCCUCGUCUGCUGUGGGCGACUUGGAGAGCAGGAGUGCGGGCAGUCCAGCCCCGUCUGAGUCCUCGUCCUCCAUGCAGGCUCUGUCGCCUGUCAACAGCAACAGUGAGAGCCUGCACUCCAAGUCCCCGGGCCUCAGCACCCAGGAGGAGCCUCAGGAGACUCCGCUGAAGACCGAGAGGCCAGACAGCCCGCCCCCCGCCCCUGAAAACGGAGGGGCACUGGACCUGACGGCCACCCACCCUGGCCGGCCUGCCAUCAAGGAGGAGGCCCCCUUUAGCCUGCUGUUCCUGAGCAGAGAACGGGGUAAGUGUGAGAGCACUGUGUGUCGUGUCUGUGCCAAGCCUUUUGCUUGCAGGAGUGCGCUGGAGAUCCACCACCGCAGCCACACCAAGGAGCGGCCGUUCGUCUGCGUGGUCUGCAGGCGCGGGUGCUCCACCCUGGGUAAUUUAAAGCAGCACUUACUGACCCACAGAUUGCGGGAGCUGCCCUCCCAGUUACUUGCCCCCAACUUUGCUCUAGGUCCCAGCCAAAGCACCCCGAGCCUGCUUACCGGCCCCGCGCCCACCCUGGUCAAAAUGGAAGUGAACGGGCACAGCAAGGCCAUCCCGCUGGCUGAGGGCCCACCGCCCGCUGCGGUCCAGGUGCCCACCGGGCCCCCGACGGUGCUGAGCCCUGGCCUGGCACCCAUGCUGGCCCCCCCACCACGCCGGACGCCCAAGCAGCACAACUGCCAGUCAUGCGGGAAGACCUUCUCCUCGGCGAGCGCCCUGCAGAUCCAUGAGCGCACCCACACAGGGGAGAAGCCCUUCGGCUGCAGCAUCUGCGGGAGGGCAUUCACCACCAAGGGCAAUCUCAAGGUGCACAUGGGCACACACAUGUGGAACAACGCCCCUGCCAGGCGUGGCCGCCGCCUGUCUGUGGAAAACCCCAUGGCUCUGUUGGGUGGCGACGCCCUGAAGUUCUCGGAGAUGUUCCAGAAGGAUCUGGCCGCACGGGCCAUGAAUGUGGACCCCAGCUUUUGGAACCAAUAUGCCGCGGCCAUCACCAAUGGUCUCGCCAUGAAGAACAACGAGAUUUCCGUCAUCCAGAACGGAGGCCUCCCCCAGCUCCCAGUAAGUCUCGGCGGAAGCGCCAUCCCCCCCAUGGGCUCCCUGGCCGCUGGGCUGGACAAAGCGCGGCCCGGGGGCAGCCCUCCGGUCGUGGGCCUGGACAAAGCCAGCGCAGAACCAGGAGCUGGCCGGCCGUUCACCAGGUUCGUGGAGGAUAACAAGGAAGUGGGGAUCAACUAGCCCCGCCCUCCAUGCCGCCCCCGAGGCUCCGCCCAGAGGACAUCAAGGGGUAUGGGGAGGGGAGGGUGGCGCGCUGCCCAAUGGUGGUCUCACGCUGCACAAGCUGCCCGUGCAGCACACACUGCACGACACUCUCUUGGUGGUCAUUUCAGCUGUUGAGAACUGCAACCUUUUAAGUAAAUGUAAGUCAGAAAGACACCCUUGGAAAGCCCCUCGGGUCUGGAAAGGGCUCAGACCACAUCCAGCCCCUGGGGAGGGCUCCCGCCCUAUUCCAGUAAAACUCAUU